GAAAAAUUAAUAAACGAAAAUAUUUAUAUGGUAAAUAGUACAAAAAAAGAAUGCCAAGAUAAUGCACGGACAAUAAAUACACUGAAUCGUAAAACAACAAAUUUAAAUCAAAAUUUAUCAAAUGACAUAAAUAAAUUGUUAAAUGGAAUUGGUGGAAUGAUACAAAAGAAAUUCUUGCAUGUUAAUCAAAAGAUUGAUAGUAAUUUUAAUAAUACAAUGUUGGCACAUAACUAUUUUUUGGAGAGUUGUCAUCGUAUACAAUUAGAAGAACCGCAAAUGGAAGCAAAAAUUGUAAAUGUUGUCGAAACAUUACUAAGUUUAAUUACGAAUAAAACUAUGAUCAUGGGUGGUGAAAUAUACUAUUUACAAGAUUUACUACGUACACAUGAUACAGAAAUACAGAACAAAGUUGGCUUGGCAAAGAAUACAUUACUAGAGAUGGCACAAAAAUCAUUUACGUACAAACAAGAAACUGUUCAAACACUUCUGGAGAUGAAGAACAAUUUAAAUCAAUGGUUAAAUUACACUGCAGAUAUAUUAAAUAAUAACAAAACAGAUCACUACGAGAAAUUAAACGCUAUUGAGCAAACAUUACAGAAUGUACACAAUUAUAUAAUCAAUUUAAAUGUAUCCAAAAAUCGAGAAAUAGAAUUGAAUGCAAACAAAUUAAUUGAAUAUAUUGAAAAGAAUAUCAACACAACAAAUUUUAACACAUCAAAUAAAAUGGAACAACAUUUUGAAAAUAUCAAUAGUUUCCUAAAUAAAAUUCACGAUAAAAUUGUGGAAAAACAAUCACCUAUAAAUUUACGACAUAAUCGAUCGAAAAAUACAACACAAUUAAUAAAAAAUGGUACUCAUGAUACGACAUUGGAACCGCAACAGCAUACAAAAAAAUUCAAUGAAAGUGAAUUAAUUAUUGGGAAUUUAAAUGAUGCUACAAGUAUUGUUGAUUUAGAUGUUGACUUUAAUUACUCCACCGAUCUGAUCGAAGAUGACACUGAAGACAUUGAUUUUACUUAUUAAUAAUUUUUUUAUGUAUUUUUUUAA